UUGAGAAAUGAAAUAGUGGAUAUAAAUGGAUAAGACAUAUUAUCCAUUUGGUUGACUCAUCAAAUCCAUAAUAAUUCAAUUCAACUCAACUCCACGCCGGAGGGGAGAAGGAGAACAAACAACAUCACCACCAAAUCAAAACCACGUACUCUCCAAAACUUUAUGCUUCUCAAACAACAACCUCAAACCAAAACCAAUUAGCGCCUAAUAAUUUACCACCAAAUUCUUCACCUCCUUCAAUCCAAUACUGGACUUAUUUAUUUAUUCCAAAAUCAAACAACCUCAAUUCUUAACCUUCUAAAACAUCAUAUAUCAGUUUUUUUAAUGGGUUUUCAAUAACCUAAUUCAAUCAUGUCUCCUAUGUCAACUAUUCCAAUUCAAAAACAUCAUCAAUUUCAUAUCUUACUUUUCAAUUCCUCUCGCUCCCUUUACAAAUCCACAAAACUUACCUCCUCAUGGACCAUGUCCAUGGAUUCCAAUUUUUCACCAACAAUGAAUAGUAGUAAUAAUAGUGAAAUGAAAAAGAAGAUGAAGAUGAAGGAAGAACUAUCAGUGCAGAUUUCGACGCCGGCUAUUCCGAAAGUUGAAACUUUAAGCUCCAACAGUCUCCAAUUCGAUCGGUUGCAGCCUUCGGAUCAAGAGUUAGUUCGAGAAAAUCAAUUUGAGUUUGGACAAUUUGUAGCUAGAGAAGCUGUGCUUGAUGAAGAGUAUUGGACAGCAGCCUGGCUAAGGGCAGAAAGUCAUUGGGAGAAUCGAACAUUUGAAAGAUAUGUUGAUAGCUACAAAAGGAAAUUCGCCGAGCAGGAAUUUAAUGCGGUAAAAAUGCGGUGCAAGGUACAAAAUGGGGAUAGCUUCACAUGCAUUAUCGCGGUGAGGAAGGAGCAGAAGAAUGUAAAGCGCUCGGUAAUAAAAAGUGUUGUAGGAACACUUGAUUUGAAUGUUCAAUAUAUGCUACAAGGAGAGACUUUUCCUGGGGAACGAGUCAAGACACCUUUUUUUCGCAGCAUGAACAGGACACCACCAAGUAGAUAUGCUUACAUUGCAAACUUAUGCGUUACUAAAUCGGCUCGACGACAAGGAAUUGCAAGCAACAUGAUGUAUUUUGCUGUUGAAUGUGCAAAAUCUAAUGCAGGUGUGAGGCAAGUAUAUGUGCAUGUUGACAGAAAUAAUAGGCCUGCUCAGUUAUUGUACCAAAAAAUGGGAUUUGAGAUGGUUGAAACCGCAAAUUCCCGGUUGUUACUUGAGGAAACAUACUUGCUACGUUUACAAACGUAAAAUACGAAAGAUAGUCACUUAUGAUUCAAUUUGGAACAGUUGCAAAAUUUCAAAGUUCAGCUGCUUCAGUUCCAACUGUAAAUUAUUUGAGGUAAACCCUUUUGUCUAUGUAAAUGUGUGUAGGUGUCCAUCUUUUUAUGUAUGGAUGCCUUUCAUUUUGUAAUUUUUGUGUAAUCUUCUUUUUAUUGAAUUUGACGAUAAGCAUACUCAAAUAUAUUUGGAUUCCAAAAUGAUUAAUGAAACAGAACAAGAACAUGUAUUGUCUUUUA